AUGCCGCAAAAGACCAUUCAGGAUUUGGAUGCCUACAUCAAGGCAACAGCCGUCGUGUACGACCACUCUAACGCCAAACUCGUCAGCAGGAAGACUAAAGUCAGCAGGCGUAGGAAGGAGGCGUUUCUUUCUGUGCUUCCAUACAGAAAACCGUCGUCUCAGUACCACUCCCAUGAGAGAAGGACAUCAUCAUCAUUAAAUACCCGCAAAACAAGAAGUAAACCUGCGACAGAAAGUGUCAUCAAUAAUCUGAAACAGAAGCUCAAAUUCUCCGUCAAGACUCCCGAAAAUGCCAACGAUGAUGCACCUCAGAGACUUAGCUUCCAACUUGAUCUAGGAACAUCCGUUCAAUCGCUAAAAGAGCUCAUAGAAAAGCAGAUUGGUCUUGAGGCGCGGCGUCAGCGUCUGUACAUCCGGCGGAACUUUCAGCUCUGUGACCUACUCACACUUGAAGAGAAUGGAGUCAACAAUGAUGAAAUCAUCUCUCUUCGACUAUCAAAAGACGAUCAGACUUGCGACGAUGUACCAAAAGAUAAAAGCAUUAUUAAUGAUGAGUACCUCAAGAACUUGUCCUCGAAAAUUGAAUCGUCGUGGAAGGAAGUGGCCAAACACCUAGGAUAUGAAGAAGCGGACAUUGCAGACAUCCAAACCACCAACGAAGGCAGCAUUGAAGAGAGCCGUAACAUGCUACGUACUUGGUGGGAAAAGACGACAGAUCGCGACGAAGCAGCUCAGAAGCUGAGACGAGCAUUGGAGGUCAUCGGGUUGACUGAUUUGGCACAAAAUGUACCAGCAACUAGCGAAUCGAGAGACGAGACAGUUGGACCUGAGCCUGAAAGGCGUCAAGAUGCAGGAGUUGACGAGGAGAGCAAACAGAGCGGGACGGCAUCAACCGAGGAGGGGAAAUUGAAGAAGGAACAACUCUGUAACUUGCUGACACUUCACGACUAUGGAAUUCAACAGGACGAGAACAUCUCACUUCGUCUGUGUACCGAUGGCCUCCUGGGCGGUGGACUUAAAGGCAAACAUUUUGCUGAUGAUCCGUUCUUCCGGGAUUUGGCUUCAAAAACCGAAUCAUGCUGGAAUAAGUUGGCCAAAUCCCUGGGAUAUGAAGAAGCAGAAAUCAAGGAAAUCCAAACCACCUUUCAAAACGACAAAGAAAGGAGCCUUCAGAUGCUGCUUUCUUGGUGGAGAAAGCAAACAAAUCGCGAGGAAGGAUUUCAAAGUUUGAGAGACGCGUUAAAUUCAAUCGGGCGUGAAGAGCUGGCUUUUAUGAUUCCAUCAGAUAUGCGACAGAGGAUGAAACAGGAAGAAAUUGUUAACCAAGAGAAAGCCAGAACAUCAAUACAAACAGGAGGGACUAAAGAACAAGACAAACAGAAAGGCACUACAUCAUCAGAGGGUCAGAGACCGCGUCAGGAGGAAGUUGGUCAUCUAGUCAAUCCUAACACAAUGGGGCAAAUGGAGGGUGUUAAGAAACAGAACAUGCAGAAAGGGCCUACAUCCUGUGGACAGAGACCAAGACAGAAGGAAAUUACUGAACAGGACAAACCUCAGAUACCUGAACAAGGGGUAUUUGUGAAAGAACAGGGCAAGCAGAAACGAACAUGGCAAUCUAUUGAGAAACAGAGACCGAGUAAAGAGCUUCCACAAAAAAAGCAGAAACUAGAAGAAUUUGAAAAGAAUGUUCAAAAUGUAAUGACAUCAGCUGAAGAACACGGAACGAGGCAUGGACAAUUUCAGCUUCAUCCAGACAAAUCCGGACAAGAAGUUCAGAUGGGAGGGGCUAAAGAACAGGCUAAGCAGAAAGAUACUGCAUGUAGGCCUACAUCAUCUGAGAGACAGGGACAGGAGGCAGUUGGGUAUCGAGACGAACCUGAACAAGAGAUGAAAGUGGGACGGGCUAAAACAAGGAGAAAGCGGAAAAUGAAUUCAAUAUCUAAGGAGCGGAGAUUGAGACAGGAGGAAAUUGGCCAUCUAGAGAAAGCCAAACCAUCACUACAAGAGAAAGGGACCAAAGAACAGAGAGAGCAGAAAGGGGCUUCAACAUCUGAGGAACAGAGAUUGAGACAGGAGGAAUGUGGAUAUCGAGACAAACCUGAGCCAGAUGUGACAGUUGGACGGGCUAAAAAACGAAGAAAGCGGAAAAGGACUUCAACAUUUAAGGCACAAAGAUCGAGACAGGAGGAACUUGGUCAUCUAGAGAAAGCCAAACCAUCAAUACAAGAAAGAGAGGCGAAGAAACAGAGAGAGCGAAAAGGGACCUUAACAUCUGAAGAACAGAGACCAAGACGGGAGGAAGUAAGUCUUGUAGAGAAACCCAAACCAUCAGUACAAAAGAGAAGGACUGAAGAACAGAGCACGCAGAAAUGGACUUCAAUAUCUACGGGACAGCGAUUGAGACAGGAGAAAGUUGGCCAUCUAGAGAAAUCUAAACCAUUAGUACAAGGGAGAGAGGCUAAAGAACAGAGAGAGCAGAAAGGGACUUCAACAUCUGAUGAACAGAAAUUGAGACAGGAGGAAUGUGGGUAUCGAGACAAACCUGCACAAGAGAUGAAAGUGGGAUGGGCUAAAAAAAGGAGGAAGCGGAAACGAUCUUCAACAUCUGAGGAACAGAGACCAAGUCAGGAGAAAGUUUGGUAUGGAGACAAACCUGAACAAGACAUGAAAGUGGGACAGCCUAAAACACGGAGAAAGCGGAAAAGCAUAUCACCAUCUAAGGAACAGAGACAAAGCCAGAAGGAACUUUGUCAUCUAGAGAAACCCAAACCAUCAGUACAAGACAGAGAGACUAAGGAACAGAGAGAGCGGAAAGGGACUUCAACAUCUGAGAAACAGAGAUUAAGACAGGAGGAAGUUGGUCAUGUAGAGAAACCCAAACAAUCAGUACAAAAGAGAGGGGCUGAAAAACAGAGCACGCAGAAAUUGACUUCAAUAUCUGCGGGACAGCGAUUGAGACAGGAGGAAGUUGGGUAUCAAGACGAACCUGAACAAGAAAUGAAAGUGGGACGGGCUAAAAAACGGAAAAAGCGGAAAAGGACUUUAACAUCUGAAGAGCAGAGACCAAGACUGGAGGAAGUUGGUCACCUAGAGAAACCCAAACCAUCAGUACAGGAGAGAGCGACUACAUCAUCUGAGGUUCAGAGAUGGAGAAAGGUGAAAGUUGGUCAUCAAGACAAACGUCAACAACAGGUUCAAGUGGGAGGGGCGAAUAAACGGAGCGAUGAGAAAGAGACUGCAGUCCCUGAGGGAAAGAGAUCAAGAGAGGAGAGACUUGCUAAACAAGACAAACCUCAGAUACACGAACAAGGAGAACUUAUUAAAAAACAGGUCAAACAAAAACGGACACCGAGUCACGAGCUUCCACAGAAAAAGCAGAAACUACAGGUAUUUGAGAAGAACGCUCAGAAGGAGAUGACUUCAUCCAAAGAAUGCGGAUUGAGGCAUGGCCAAUUAGAUGAUUAUCGAGAUAAACCGCAACAAGUUGAAAAGGUUAAAUAUCACAGCAAACAGAAAGGGUAUAUGUCACUUGAGGGACAGAACAGACGACAUGAGGAGGAGUUUUGUGGUAAUCAAGACAAAACUAGCAAGAAGACAGGGAUUACAUCAUCUGAGGGACAGAGAACGGGACAAAAGGAAGUUAGUCAACGAAAAAAACCUCAAACAGAGAUUCUUGUGGCUCCAACUAAAGAAAGGAGCACGCAGAAAGGGACUAAAUCAUCUCAGGCACAGAGACCGAGGCAGGAUGAAGGUGGUCAUCGAGACACGUGCAAACCAUCAGUACAAGCAGCAGAGGCUAAAGAACAGAGCAAGCAGAAAAUGACUACAUCAUCUGAGGACCUGAAACCUAGACAGGAGGAAGUAAGUAAUCAGGACAAACCUGAAUCGGAGGUAGAUGUGGAGGGAGCUCAAAAACAAAGCAAGCAGAAAGUAAGUACAUCAACUGAGAGACCUAGACCGGGACAGGAGGAAGUUGCUGAACAAGAAAAACCUCAGCUACAUGAACAAGGAGUAGUUUUUCAAGAACAGGGCAAGCAGAAACAGACAAAACAAUCUAAUGAGGAACAUAGACAGAUUCAGGAGCUUCAACAGACAAAGCUGAAAAUGAGGGAAUUCGAGAAGAACGCUCAAAAGGGGACAACGUCAUCGGAAGUACAUGGACCGAGGCAUGGGCAAUUAGAGAGUUAUCAAGAUAAACAUCAACCAGAGAUACAAGUGGGAGGGGCCAAAGAAAACAAAACAGAAAAGAAACAGAGAAAGCAGAACGAGGCUUCAUUAUCUCAGGACCAGAGACCGAGGCAGGAGGAAGGUGGUCAUCAAGACACACGCAAACCAUCAGUACAAGCAGCAGAGGCUAAAGAACAGAGCAAGCAGAAAAUGACUACAUCAUCUGGGGACCUGAAACCUAGACAGGAGGAAGUAAGUAAUCUUGACAAACCUGAAUCGGAGGUAGAUGUGGAGGGGGCUCAAAAACAGAACAAGCAGAAAGUAAGUACAUCAACUGAGAGACCUAGACCGGGACAGGAGGAAGUUGCUGAACAAGAAAAACCUCAGCUACAUGAACAAGGAGUAGUUUUUCAAGAACAGGGCAAGCAGAAACAGACAAAACAAUCUAAUGAGGAACAUAGACAGAGUCAGGAGCUUCAACAGACAAAGCUGAAAAUGAGGGAAUUCGAGAAGAACGCUCAAAAGGGGACGACGUCAUCGGAAGUACAUGGACCGAGGCAUGGGCAAUUAGAGAGUUAUCAAGAUAAACAUCAACCAGAGAUACAAGUGGGAAGGGCCAAAGAACAGAGAAAGCAGAACGAGGCUUCAUUAUCUCAGGACCAGAGACCGAAACGGGAUGAAAUUGGUCAUCGAGACGACUCUCAACCAGAGGUACAAAUGGGAGGGGCUGUGGGAGUGACUGAUACAGAAAGCAGAUCAGAUACUCGACCUGACGACAGAGCCAUCCGGAAACAAUCUGAGAAGAUUGCAACAGACUGGGAAAAAUUGGCCUUAUGCUUGAAAUGUUCAAAAGAACACAUUGGCAUCAUUAGGGCUAAUCACUCCAACGAUGUUGUAAGGCAGUGCUUUGAGAUGUUAAGCACAUGGUGGAGAAAGCAGGACAAUUACACGGAAGCAUGGCGGACGUUGGAGAAGGCUCUGAUUGAUUCAGGCAGGAACGACUUGGUUCGGGGCACAUCAGCCGAGACGGGAAGAGCGCAAUCCAAUCCGAGUGAUGCUGCUGAUCAGUGCAGGAGUGAAUUAGAAGACCGGUAUACCACCACAGGUAGCUACGUUCAGUUAAUACCCUGGGUCGAUGACGACAUGAAACAUAUUAUGGAUAUAUAUACAGAGUUGCAAUUAGAAAAGGGUGACCAGGAUGACAUUGAGGGGUAUGUUAAUGAGUACGGGGACAUUUUCCUCAUACAAAAAGACAGGAAAAUAGAUAGCUAUAGCAACGACUCAAUGAACUCUCUCGUGUGGUUGAUGCAGCAUGUGGCCGAGCAGACAGAGCUCUUGGAAGUGGAUUACCUCAAUGCACCAUGCGAUGAUGGCAUACAACUGAGCAUUCAGAGCUCCUCACUAACCGGCAAGGAUAUGGUGGAUACUUUACAGUCAUUCAGUAAUCGGGGAGAUUUAGUCAGUUUGAUCCUUGAUGGCAUUCAUGGUCCUGGUGGUUCCCAGAAAAUAUGGCCCCCACCCUUACCAAACCGGACGGAACUUUGUGAGUUGGGUUUGAGAGAUUUCUCAUUGCAGAGGAUUGACAUGGAAGACCCUGCUGAAGCAUUAAGUCAAAUACCAAGCUUGGAUGAUCUUGACAUUUCAAAGAAUUUGAACCUGAGUGGCAACGCAGGAACAUAUCUGGGCUCCACCCUUACAAAACAUGACGAAACUUCGGAAGUUGAAUUUAAGACGUUGUUCACUGCAAAGUUCUGA